AUGGUGACCACAAGAAACAAAAACUAUACCUACGACAACGUCCCCCAGGAACAAGGCGGAAUGGGGACAGCAACAGAGACACUCGAUGAUCGGCGAGCAAGACAGGCGCGUCUUCUCCUUUCGAAACACUACGAGCCCGUCAUCUCUGAGGUACUCAACGAAGAGAUACCCAAGUACAAGAAUGGCACUACCAUCAGUGCAACAGACCGUGUGAAGUAUAUACGAGAAUGCGCACGAAUACUCGCUUCAGAACCGCCUAUCCUACUAGCCGCAGUCGACGGCGACUUGGUGCGCCGGAUUCGGACUGAUCCUGAUUUGGAGCGAGAAUACGACCUCAUCUGCAAGAAUGCAGCAAAGCAGCCGUCUAUCUACAUACACCAAUUCGCAGACCUGAAUGGUAUUCCGCCUACUCCUAAUCAAAUACUUAUCAUCUGCAACUGGAUAGCCGACUACAUAGCCGAUAAUCUGGCAGAAGGCAAAGCUUCCGAGCACUUCUGGCAGAUAGACAACGUCUCCCCUGGAAGACCGCUGAUUGAUCAGCAAAACUCUGCCAAAGGCCACCAAAAUCGUCUAAAAGAGCACCGCCAACGGAAGUCAUCCAACUAUAUAAUGAACCUAGUCGAGGACAUAUCCACCCACCUCCACGACAUCGGCUUGUUUGAACAACACUUCAAAAUGCACCAGUAUAUUGUCUAUCUCAUCGACCGGCGGGAACAAGUAGAGAUCGCGGAGAUCUUUUGCUCCGCAUUACUUCGAGUGUGGGUGAGUAGCGGCGGUGGUUUCAACUCGUACCCUGCUGGGCUUAGCGUCAACUCUUCGAAGAAGGUCAGCAACAUUGACUGGGCUUCGUACGAGAUGAACACCACAUUGCACUCCCCCAUCACCGAAAACAUGAGGCUGCAGCAGCUCAGAGCAGAUGAGUACCGGCAAGCACUGGAGUGGACGAAUGACAACACUGUAGAUUCGGAGACGAGAGAGCCAGCAAGCCAGGAAGAAGAGUGCAUUGUCGUGUAUGGCCACUCUUUCAGAUCAAACCAGAAAGAGCGUAUCUCGCUACCAAACACAACGAUCGGGUGCAAUGCAGGCAAAUCUGCAACGUCGCUUCUCGAAGGCCACUAUUUCAACCUCCUGCAUUAA